UUUUUAGAUUUAUCUUCCGACAAAAAUAUUACUAUAAAAAUUUCGAUUCCUGCUAGCUAGUCUUCCGUUUUCCCUCUCUUUUUUUCUUUUUCGGUCUUUGGAGGGAAUUUUUUUCGUUCAAACACCAAAUUAAACAUCUUCUUUCAGAUUCUGUGCUGGUAAAACCCUAAUUUUUCCUUUCCAUGCUUCACUAUCUUGAGCUGGCCAUAUUUCCAUGCUUGCAGGAACUAAUUUAUUGCUUUCGGGGUGUGGUGUUUUUCAAGUUUAAAGUUUAGGAAACUGUGUGUACUGGAACAAGGGGGUGAUUCAAUUCUUCUUUGUCACAGAUAUUAAAGCUGGACUAAAGCAUCUACAGAGUGGACUCUAUCCUGUAGUUAGAUAUGCAGACUAAGAAAAAAUUAAAUGGAAGAAAUCAACGAGAGCUGGCUAGUCCAAAGGUUUCAAGACAACAGCGGAAGAUGUCCGAGAAUGUGCAAACUCAGGCAAAGCAAGUUAAGGAACUUAUAACAUCUACAGUGAGGAAGCAAAAAUCAGGAAGCAAUUUCUUGAAAAAGAUUGAGAAUUAUGUUGCUGCUACAGAUCUGGAUGUAAGAUUUGGAUUGGUGUCUGAUGACACUUCUGCUGCUUCAGACGCACAUGAUGUUGUUCAUGAAUAUAAUACUAUUACUAUUAAUAAGGACUAUAAUGUUGAAACUGAUAGUUGCACAAAUGAUACUAUAUUUUCUCCUACCUUCCAUAUAUCCAGAACUAUUGGAGGGGAAAUUUCUAACAGAGACAUACCCAAAUUCAUCGAGCAAGCAGACCAGCCAUUGCAGGAGCCUGGAAAGGAAAAUAUAGAAGUUGAUCUGCUGACAGGUCAUUUUGCGCUGGACGAGGCUACCAAUAUAGGGGGCCAGCAUAUCUCCUCUGAAGUUUCAGCUGUGCAUCUCUCUAUUAAAGAUUCAAAACUUGAAUGCAUUGAUGAAUUUAAUCAAGUUCAGUUGCCUGCUGAUGUUAGUAUGGAGGAAGAGGAAACUGAAGAGUUUGAUGACUUUGAUCCAUAUUUUUUCAUAAAGAAUUUACCAGACUUGUACUCAGUUGUUCCAACAUUUCGGCCUGUGCUGUUGCCUAAACAAACACGGAGUUGCCCAUCAACCACUCUUGUUUUGGACUUGGAUGAGACCUUGGUGCACUCUACACUUGAACCUUGUGAUGAUGCAGAUUUCACUUUCUCGGUGAAUUUCAACCUGAAAGAUCAUAAUGUAUAUGUUCGAUGCCGUCCUCAUCUUCGGGAUUUUAUGGAUAGGGUAUCCAGCCUAUUUGAGAUUAUCAUAUUUACUGCAAGCCAAAGCAUUUAUGCUGAGAAGCUUCUGAAUGUGCUUGAUCCAAAGAGAAAAGUAUUUAGGCAUCGUGUUUACCGUGAGUCAUGUGUAUUUGUUGAUGGCAAUUACCUUAAAGAUCUGUCAGUUCUUGGCCGUGAUUUAGCACAUGUGAUUAUCAUCGACAACUCUCCACAGGCAUUUGGAUUCCAGGUGGACAAUGGUAUUCCAAUUGAGAGCUGGUUUGAUGACCGCUCUGACAAAGAGUUGCUCUCGUUGCUCCCAUUUCUGGAAAGCUUAGUUGGAGUUAAAGACGUUAGACCGAUUAUUGCAAGCAAAUUCAACCUUCGUGAGAGAAUAGCUGCUGCUGCUACUUGUCCUUUUAACUCUAUUAGAGGUGAUGCAUUUGAGAGAUAAGGAUCUGUGUCUUUAUUGAUUCAGUCUUGGUUAAUUUAUGUAAUUCACAUUUAUCUUGUAAUGGUGCCAUAACGACGCUUGAGAUUGGAGGAAACUCCUCAAUAAGGCUGUGUCUAAAACGUUGAAAUCUAUCUCUGAACCUUAGUUUUUCUUUAAAUACUCGGUUGCAAUUUUUUUUUGAAAUCAUUUAUACAUGUUCUGUAUAAGAUGUGGCAGUUCAGGGACGCU